CUUCUACAGAUAAAGAUCACCUUUAAAAGGGAACAUGGAUUUAAUCAAUGCAACUGAACAAAACAGUACAUCAGAAGAACCGUUCAAAUGGAUGACAUCCAAGAUUCUCAUUUCUAUUACCUUGUCUGUGCUUGCACUAAUGACAACAGCCAUCAAUUCCCUUGUGAUGACUGCAAUAAUUGUGACAAGAAAGCUCCACCAUCCUGCCAACUAUUUAAUAUGCUCCCUUGCAGUGACUGAUUUCCUUGUGGCAGUCCUAGUGAUGCCCUUCAGCAUUGUCUACAUUGUAAAGGAGACCUGGAUCAUGGGGCAAGUGGUAUGUGACAUUUGGCUGAGUGUGGACAUUACCUGCUGCACAUGUUCCAUCUUGCAUCUCUCUGCCAUUGCUUUGGAUCGGUACAGAGCAAUCACAGAUGCUGUGGAAUAUGCCAGGAAAAGGACACCUAAGCAUGCUGGCAUCAUGAUUGCAGUAGUAUGGAUCAUAUCCAUUUUUAUUUCCAUGCCACCUUUGUUUUGGCGGCACCAGACAGCCAGCAGGGAUGACGAAUGCAUCAUUAAACAUGAUCACAUUGUUUCUACCAUUUACUCUACAUUUGGUGCUUUCUACAUCCCACUGGCCUUGAUUUUGAUCCUUUAUUACAAGAUAUACAAGGCAGCAAAGACGUUUCACAGAAGGAGCGUCAGUCGGAUCGUAAGGGAAGAGGUAAAUGGACAAGUCCUUUUGGAGGCAAGUGAAAGAAGCACCAAACUUACUUCAAUGCCCAGCAUCGUAGAGAAGACAUCAGAUCCUCUGGUGGACUGUGAUAAAAUCACCCUACGAAGCCCCAGGUCUGAAUCUAAGCAGGAUAAGUCCUGGAAAAAACAGAGAAUCUCUAGCACAAGAGAGAGAAAGGCUGCAACUACUCUGGGUUUGAUCUUGGGGGCAUUUGUGAUCUGCUGGCUCCCUUUUUUUGUAAAAGAAGUAGUUGUUAAUACCUGUGAAAGAUGUCACAUCUCAGAAGACAUGUCUAAUUUCCUAGCAUGGCUGGGAUAUAUUAAUUCCCUUAUUAACCCUCUAAUCUACACAAUCUUUAAUGAAGAUUUCAAAAAAGCCUUUCAGAAGCUUGUACGGUGUAGGCAAUAUCUUUAAGAUCUUUUAUUCAUAUAAGGAGAACGUAUUCACUGUUUUUUUAAAAACCUGUAUAAAUUUAUAAGACUGAUAUGAUAUU